UCUUUUCAUUACUGUAUAAUUGUAUUAUCUUUACUGUUUUUCACUUUUUACUAAUUAAUUGUAUUUUUAUUUUUCAGCUUACUGUAGCCGCUGUGGGAGCUGACCCCAUACCGGUCAGGUAUAGAUCCCCGGUGGAGGAGCAGACCUCUUCCAAUAAUGGCGCAGUCAGGAGACUUUUCCUUCAGGACUCGUCCUGUGUCUCCGUGGCAGGGUGAAGAGCCAGCCGCCUGGGAGGAGCCCCAGCCAUGUCAGCCCGGUUCCCUCGAGAUGGAGCGGAGGGCCCGCAUUAAGAUGUGGAUAGAAGGUCAGAUGGAGGGACUCCUGCCCACCUCCCACCCAGAGCCUGCGUUGCUUUCAACCACACCUGCAAGGUAUGGCUGUAAGACUCUGGUGGCGGUUGCGGAGGCAGAACCCUGGGACAGGCUGGACACUACUGGUCUAGUUGCAAAGUGGGAGGAAGCCCCGAUCACGUCCUUCACCACCACCUACCACCCGGAGACAUUCAGCCAGUCAGAUGGCCUGAUGCUGGUGGCAGAGGCGGAUCCCUUUUACAGGCUCGACACCACUGGACCAGUGCAUAGGAUUCACCCACGUCCAGCUGCACAGGCUGUGGCUGACAACAGUGAAGAGGAGGAGAUGAUGGAGCAAGCUCCUAUAACCCAGUGGGAGGAGGCAGAGUUAGCGUCCCUGACCGCCACCUUCCACUCGGAGACAUCCAGCCAGUCAGGUGCUGUCCUGGUGCUGGUUGCAGAGGCAGAUCCCUCUCACAGGCUGGACACCGAGCCUGAGUCUGAGCCAGUGCCAGUUGCACAGGCUGAGGGGGAUCUGGAGAGCAGCGUGGAGGUCAUGGUGGAGAGCAAAGAAACAGCCCCUCCAAAAAAGAGAGGAUGGCUACAGCGCUGCCUGAGACUCCUGAGGAGGGCAGCCUCUCCCUUACUUUCCUGCUGUCCUUAUAGGACAACUGCCAAAAUGAACGUCCUCCUAUUAAAAGAGCCUCGGGAGAGUGAGAGUGGACCAGACCCCUAUAUAAAGGAGUUGGCACUGUAUGGACACUCCGCUACACUGAUCCCUGUACUUUCCUUUAAGUUUGUGUCAUUAAAUGUAUUGUCAGAUAAGCUUUUUCAGCCGGAGAAGCACGGUGGGCUCAUCUUCACGAGUCCGAGAGCAGUGGAGGCUGUGAAAAUGUGCCUGGAGUCCAGCAGCCGGAGAUCAGAGUGGGAUGCUGUGAAAGAUCAGUGGAACAGGAAGUCAGUGUAUGUGGUGGGAAAAGCUACAGCAUCGUUAGUGGAAGAUCUGGGACUGACUUCCUGUGGAGAAAACUCAGGCACUGCAGAUGUCCUGUCCCGACUCAUCAUCGAACGAGAAGGUCCGGAGAUCCAGCCUCUGCUCUUUCCCUGCGGCUCACUGAAGAGGGAAGUGCUGCCCACCGCUCUCAGACAGAAUGGAAUCCCUCUGGAGACACUGACAGUGUAUCAGACCUCUGAACAUCCUGACCUAGAGAAGAACAUCACUCAUUAUUUUAGUGAGCAGGGAGUGCCAGCCAGCAUCGCUUUCUUCAGUCCUUCAGGGGUAAAGUUCUGUUUAAACACAUUAAAGGGACUGGCUGGAACAAAGCUGGACAAAAUAAAGUUGGCUGCUGUCGGCCCCACCACAGCGGACGCCCUGGAAGCAGAGGGACUGAGAGUGGGCUGCACAGCGGAGAAACCCACCCCACAGCACCUCGCCAAGGGCAUCGCCCAAACCCUGAACUCAACCACCGCUGACCUCUGACCUCUGAACUACGAGCCAUAGGAUCUACAUAGCAUCAGCACAAUCCGUCCAAUAGAACAGAAAAAAGAAGCGUUUUUUUCACACCUGACAUUAACAUGCAUCAUGGUGAUCUAAUCAUAAGUGUCACCAGCACAAAGUACAGGUGUGAAAGGGAUACAGUGGAAUACAGAUCAAUCAAACCGAUUAGUACCUAUUUGUAAGUAAUCAGAGACUAAUCUCAGUAUUCCCCAACACAACAAAGCCCCUCACAGAAAAUACUGUAUUUUUCACGCUAUAAGGCACACUUUAAAUCCUUUAAUUUCCCCCCCCCAAAUCGUCCUUUUAAUAAAUAAUUUUAUAUAUAAAUUCUAAAGUACUGCGUUAUACAGGAGUUUCAGUUUAGUUCUCCAGUAGUAUUAGCAUUAGCUGCUAAUCACGCGAAGCGCUAGCUCUUUAGUCGUUCAGAGGCGAGUAUAUCAAACUGUAGCCUUCGUUUACCAAUAUACAUGGCAUCUACGUGGGACGAACCGUUAGCCAAUAUUGGCCUGGCUUAACAGAACACUCAGGGUUCCUCAGUGUAGCGCUGUUGGGUGGCAUUAGGCUAAUGCUAAUGCUCUAGCCCUAUUGCUGGAGAACUUCUGGAAUCUAAGCUGACUGUAAAUAAACGGAAGUGUUUACCUUCCUUAUAGUGACUCUUAAAAUGUGCCUUAUAAUCCAGUGCAUCUUAUGUAUGAAAAUAUACCAAAAAAAUAGACGUUUAUUGAUAGUGCGCCUUAUAAUUCUGUGUGCCUUUAAGUGCGAAAAAUACAGUACAUUUGUUGGUGAUCAGAGACACAGUUGAACACUUUAUUAAUGUAGUGUGAACUCCAAAGCAUCUUGAUGUGCUCACAGCCCCUCAAAGAAAAUAUAGUAAUAUCUGUUAUGCCACACCGUCUACUGUCCGUUUUGACUGUUUUUGGUUUGGUGCGCUAGCCAAUUAGCAAGGAUGCUAAUCUAACAAGCUACCAUGUUCUGCUUUCAGUUCAUUUUCUUUCAAAUUGUCGAAACACUGUUACUGUGCUGAAGACUCUUUCUUUCUCUAUCUCUCUCUCUUUCUCUCUCUCUUUCUCUCUCUCUUUUACCCACUCAUUCACAUGCUCAUGCAUUCACUCAGUCUGUCUCUCUCUGUCUCUCUCUCUCAAUUGGUCUCUCGCUCGCUCUCUCAUUCAAUCGCAAAUCUACCCUGAAAUAUUAUAAUAUAGUAAAAAAAGGAUCUAGUCUACACUAUUAUUACUCUUCUCCCAUAAUUAAAUCAUAACUUUAAUUAUGAUUAAUCACAGAAUAUUGUGGUGAUUAAUGCAAUUCAGUCAUUUUCAGUAAUUGACUCUACUAAUAUAAAUAUAAUUUAAUUUUACCAAUCUUAAAUACCCAUUAAUAAAGUCUUGAAAUCUUGUAGGCCACAUGGCUUACACACACGCACUGAUAUUUUAUAUUUGCACUGGUGACACUGAUGUUAUUUUUUUGUUUUGUUUUGUGUUUUUGUUUCAGAUAAAUAAAAAUGCUUUUAUUAUAUUGUUUCAAUUAAUAUAUUGAGUAACCAUUUAUUAUCAUUUAAGAAGUGCAUGCUAGUACAAUAGAAAACUUUCACAAAUAUAGUAUAUGUUCACUAGUUGUUUGUUGUGUGAUGGACUUUUGUUUUAUACUCCAUUAAAAUCAGUAAAACUGAGUCAGAAAUGUGAAAUAGUCAGUCUGAUUAUAAUCUGACACCACUUUUAAAAAGUCCUGUGGUCUACCCAAAGUAAAAAAGCUGAGCACAUUUGAGAAGUGUAGAUACCUUGCAGUGUAAAAGCUAUUAGUAUAUACAUCAGUGUGCCCUGUGUGUAGUUUUUAAAGUUUCUCUGCAAUGUAUUCUGUUAAACUGCUUAUUCAUCUUAUAUAAUUAUUUCUAAAUAAUGUAAGUAAUGGCCCAAUUUUUAUUUAUAUUUCUUUAGUAAUUCAAAACAAUGCAUAGAAAUAAGCUGAUAAAUCACAAGGAAAUAUUUUAAUUAGCUUGUCCUCACUUUCACACAGAAAGCUUCUAUCUCUAUCUCUGUUGAUUUUUUGACUUCGCUCCAUAAUUUAUUUUUUAUUUAAUUAAACCAAUAGAAAUGCUCCACAAUUGUUUGGACUAAAAUCUUUUAACUUUGACUUCCAUUGAAAGUUAAAAAGGUUUUUUUUUCUCCCCUGGUAUAGUUAAUAUUUUUGAUAUUAUGUUUAUGUGAGGCAGUAAAGAUAUUAAGUAUUUCCCUGGACAUGCAUAAAUGUGUUUUUUUGUUUGCUAUUAUUGAUAUGCAGUUUUGUGUAAAGGUAAAUUAUUGUUUUUAAAAUGUUAUUCUUGUUAUCCCCAGCUGUCACUUGGAAAACCUAUUGAUGUGUGCAUUAAAAAAUGUUUUUUUUU